CAGCGCCUGGCGCCGGACUCCUCUCUCUCCCGGAAGCGGAGCACCGAGCCCGCAAAGGCUGGGUGUGGGACAGCGGCGGUGGCAGACGCCGCAGAAGCAAAGAGCACUGAGGCUCUUGCAUUCAGGUGGAGUACCAUGGACGAAGCUGGCAGCUCUGCGAGCGGCGGGGGCUUCCGCCCGGGCGUGGACAGCCUGGACGAACCGCCCAACAGCCGCAUCUUCCUUGUGAUCAGCAAGUACACGCCUGAGUCGGUGCUGAGGGAGCGCUUCUCGCCUUUUGGCGACAUCCAGGACAUCUGGGUGGUGCGGGACAAGCAUACUAAGGAGUCCAAGGGCAUUGCUUUCGUCAAAUUCGCCCGCAGCUCACAGGCCUGCAGGGCCAUGGAGGAGAUGCAUGGCCAGUGCCUCGGCCCCAACGACACCAAGCCCAUCAAGGUUUUCAUUGCACAGUCCCGAUCAUCUGGAAGUCACCGAGAUGUUGAAGAUGAAGAACUUACAAGAAUCUUUGUUAUGAUACCAAAGUCCUACACAGAAGAAGAUCUGCGGGAAAAAUUUAAGGUGUAUGGAGAUAUCGAGUAUUGCAGCAUUAUUAAGAAUAAAGUCACUGGAGAAAGUAAAGGUUUGGGCUAUGUACGAUACUUAAAACCAUCACAAGCUGCCCAAGCAAUAGAAAACUGUGAUCGAAGUUUUAGAGCAAUCUUGGCUGAACCUAAAAAUAAAGCAUCUGAAUCCUCUGAACAAGAUUAUUAUAGUAAUAUGAGGCAAGAGGCUUUGGGACAUGAACCUAGAGUAAAUAUGUUUCCAUUUGUUGGAGAACAACAAUCUGAAUUUUCAAGUUUUGACAAGAAUGACAGCCGUGGCCAGGAAGCAAUCUCCAAACGCUUGUCAGUUGUAUCAAGAGUUCCUUUCACUGAAGAACAGCUUUUCAGCAUUUUUGAUAUAGUACCAGGAUUGGAAUAUUGUGAAGUUCAACGAGAUCCUUAUUCAAAUUAUGGUCAUGGAGUGGUUCAGUAUUUUAAUGUAGCAUCAGCUAUUUAUGCAAAAUACAAAUUACAUGGAUUUCAGUACCCUCCUGGGAAUCGAAUAGGUGUUUCCUUCAUUGAUGAUGGAAGUAAUGCAACAGAUCUCCUUAGAAAAAUGGCAACACAGAUGGUAGCUGCACAGCUUGCAUCAAUGGUGUGGAAUAACCCAAGUCAGCAACAACUUAUGCAAUUUGGAGGAAGCUCUGGAUCACAGUUGCCUCAAAUCCAGACAGAUGUUGUACUUCCAUCAUGCAAAAAAAAAGCCCCUCCUGAAACUCCUGUGAAAGAAAGACUUUUUAUUGUGUUUAAUCCUCAUCCUUUACCUUUAGACGUAUUAGAAGAUAUAUUCUGUCGUUUUGGUAACCUGAUCGAAGUUUACCUUGUAUCAGGAAAAAAUGUGGGGUAUGCCAAGUAUGCCGAUAGAAUAAGUGCUAAUGAUGCUAUUGCCACUCUACAUGGGAAGAUUCUGAAUGGGGUGAGACUUAAAGUUAUGCUGGCAGAUUCGCCAAGAGAAGAGUCUAACAAACGGCAAAGAACUUACUGAUUCUUGAGAAACAGUAGCUCAAGAACACAUGGAUCCUGGGAACAGAAGUGGCCCUGAAGCUGCACUAUGUUGGAGGUUUCCUUGACUAAGAGAACCACACCUGGCAUUCACCUCGAUAGGGGAGUCAUAAAAGAUCCUGCCUCUGACCAGAAGAGUAUGAAUGACAAAGGUGACAUAACCAGCACAGAAAGAUGUCUUAGCCUCUGCACAUCAGCUGAUUUAGAAUACUUACAGAUGGGGGGCGCGGUGGGGGGGGGGGGGGGGCGCAGAAUGUUCUUUUCAGCUUCUUUGCCCUGAGAACUUUGAUCUUAUUGCAAGGAAGUCCCUUACCCUCUUCUACCCUAGAUCUGACGGACCUCCUGGGAUUUCCUGGGAAAAUGAAAUGAGUCUAAUACCUUUGACCGCCUUUUGGAUAUUAUAUCAGCACUUACUUGAGUAGACUGUGAAAGAGCUGAAAGCAAUAUUCAGAGUCUGACAGUUCUCUGCAGUUGGCCUAGAUAACCUCAUUGUGAAAUAAGUAACUAAAUGGGCAAAAGAUUUGAACAAGCACUUCACAAAAGAAGACCAAGAGGAGGGCAGGGUUUUUUGUUUGGGGAGUUUUAUUUAGUUUUGUUUUGGGGUUGUUUUGUUUUGGCAGAGGACAGGAGGAGUGGAUAGAUUCAUUUUGUAAAGAAAUAUUAAAAUAUUCUUUUUAAUUUGAUAGUUAAUUUAAGCUAAAGAAUCUUUUAAAACUCAGAAUGUUCAGCCGUAUUAGUCAUCAAUGAACUGCUCAUUACAACUACAAUAAGCUACCCCAACAGUGGUAUGUACAGCAAGAAUUAAAAUGUUGACAAUACCAAGUACUGGUGACAGUGUGAAAUAACAAGAACUGCUGAUGCAAAUUGGCUCAACCACUUGGGAAAAUGUUUGACUGUAUCUACUAAAGUUGAAUAUAUGUAUGCCCUCAACUCAGCAGUUCCACUUCUAAGCAUAUAUCCAAUAAAGAUGUGUACAUAUGUGUACCAAAAGACACAUACAAAAA